AUGGUCUCCGUCGGCCUCCAGCUUCUGGGGUACGUCUUUGGGCUCUUGGGUUUGUUGGGUGCCUUGAUAGCCACGCUCCUGCCCAGCUGGAGAACCAACUCCUACAUUGGUGCAAGCAUUGUUACAGCAGUUGGCUUCUCCAAGGGACUCUGGAUGGAGUGUGCCACCUACAGCACGGGCAUCACCCAGUGCGACAUCUACAGCUCUCUGCUCAGCUUGCCCGCUGACCUUCAGGCGGCCCAGGCACUGAUGGCCACCUCCAUUGCAGUCUCCUGCCUGGCAUCCAUUAUUUGUGUCGUGGGGAUGAGAUGCACCAUCUUCUCCCAGGACUCCCCUUCCAAGGACCGGAUAGCUGUGAUCGGAGGGGUGGCCUUUGUGAUCGGGGGACUCCUCUGCUUCAUCCCAGUGGUGUGGAAUAUCCAUGUGAUCCUCCGUGACUUCUACAACCCCAUCGUCCAUGACAGCAUGAAGUUUGAGAUUGGGGAAGCUCUCUACCUGGGCAUCCUCUCUUCCCUGAUCUCCCUCGUUGGCGGCUUCAUCCUCUGUGCCUCCUGUCCGCCUCGGGACCCACACAUGGCCUCUUAUAGUCCUUACCGAGCUAGAAUCUUGGGUGGCAGAAACCUACCACCCUCUGACAUGGCUCAAAAGACCAAGAGUGAGUUUAAUGCUUAUAAUCUGACUGGCUACGUGUAA